AUGCCGUCGCGCACUCGCCAAGUUCCCGCUGACGAGGCCGAGGAGGAGUCUGGCCUUCGUGGCUUAUCCUUCAAUCAGCCGUUGUCAUGGCGCGUGGGGCGCUCGGCUAUCAUCAUCGCCGAUCUACUUGAACGUCUCCAGACCCUCGCCCAAGAACUUCGCCAGCUGGAACAAGAGGAAAUCGAUAAAGAAUCUUUGCGAAAAGUGUCACAAGAAUUAGCUAGUGCUCAGCUUCUCGCACAUAAGGAUAAGGGGGUGCGAGCCUGGGCCACGUGCUGCCUGGUCGAUGUCUUACGACUGUGCGCGCCGGACGCGCCAUUUACCAGGAACCAGCUCAAGGACGUUUUUACUUGUAUCGUGACAUCGAUCAUCCCCGCAUUAGCCGAUCCAUCCAAUGCCUACAAUGCGCAACAUAUAUACGUCCUGGGCUCACUCGCCGAGGUCAAGAGUAUCAUUCUGAUGACUGAUAUGGACCAUCCCGACUCUCUUAUUAUCCCCCUAUUCACUGCCUGCUUCGACAUUGUCUCCGGAUCAUCCAAAGCGUCAACAGGCGAGGAAGUGGCCAAGAACGUGGAGUUUGACAUGAUCCGACUCCUUGUGACUGUGAUCGAUGAAACACCUGUCUUAGCCUCCGAAGUUGUAGACAUCAUUGUGGCACAAUUCCUGCGGGUAGACCCUCGGGUUAUGAGCAACCCUACCAAGGCGAAACGCGGCGAUGCACCCCUCGAUGCCAAGCAGGAUACACUCUUGUUGAAGGACUACCCGGCAGCUUACGAUAUGGCCAAAGCGAUCUGCCAGGCCUGUCCGGAGAGAAUGACGAGCCAUAUCAGUCAAUAUUUCAACAACGUCAUCAUUGAUGCGUCUGCCCCUGCCGGUCAAGCCAAUGGGUCAAAGAAUGGGACACGCAAGCCGAACCUGGACGAUUCAGAUGAGGAAGGGGAGGAUAUCAAGGAAUUAAGCAAAGCGCACCGUCUGAUUCGGGAGCUUUGGCGAGCCUGCCCGGAUGUUUUGCAGAAUGUUAUCCCGCAGAUUGAAGCUGAGUUGUCUGCAGAGUCAGUCGCCCUCCGGUUACUGGCUACGCAGACCAUCGGUGACCUUGCUGCGGGUAUUGGUAUUGCCGGACCUCCUUCACCACCCCCUAUGGACCCUACGGCUUACCCGCCGGUGACACUCGAACAAUAUGAGAGCACGAUUCCCCAGCCUAAUGUUCUGCUUACGCCCAUGUCACCAAAGCCGUUUUCUCAGGUACACUCUUCGGCCUACAAUGCAUUUUUAAGUCGGCGUCUCGAUAAAACGCCUUCUGUCCGCGCCGCGUGGGUGACAGUUGUGGGUAGAAUUUUGUUGACCUCUGCCGGUGGCUCUGGCCUGGGCGAAGGCGAGGAGCAAGAUCUUGUUCAGAGUCUUGCCUCAAUGCUCCGCGAUGCUGAUGAGAAGGUCCGUGUUGCUGCCGUAGACACUGUCGGUCAAUUCGGCUACACAGAUCUCGUUCAUAAACUCGGCAUGAAGGGCGGCUGCUCAUCAACGGAUUCCGUGUUGGCAAUUCUUGCCGAACGUGUCAAAGAUCGCAAGCCACACGUACGUGAACAUGCCAUGAAAAUUUUGGCACGCAUGUGGGCUGUGGCUGCCGGAGACAUCGAGCAGAACACUGGACCUGUCGUAUCUCUCCUGAAAGAUGCACCAUCCAAGAUUUUUGAUGCUUUCUACACCAACGAUCAAGAAAUUCAUAUCCUAAUUGAUCAUGUUCUGUUUGAAACACUCCUUCCAUUGAAUUACCCGCCAAUCAAGUCAAAGCUUGGCCGCGGAGCUUCCAAUCAAUCUCAGAAAUCGAAGGAUAGCCAGCAGAGUUCCGAUGCGGACCAGGAGACCGACGUGGACAAAAUCCGUGUCCGUCGCAUUCUGACUCUACUUAGGGGACUAGAUGAGAAGGCCAGACGGGUUUUCUUCGUUACGCUGGCUCGUCAACUGUCGAUGCGAUCGGCUAUGACAUUGUAUUUGGAGGCAUGUGAGAAGUACAACGGUGGAGUGGUUGACAAAGAUGAAGAGCAAGUGAAGGCCCAGCUUUCCAGAGUCAUUGAAUCGCUGUCCAAGACGUUUCCCGAUGUUCCACGGGCAUCUGCAGACUUGUGGAAAUUUGCCAAGACCCACGAUCGACGCAGCUACCAGCUAAUUCGAUUCAGUAUGGCUGCCGUCAGUGAUUACCGGACCGUGACCAAGGCUAUCAAGGAACUCCAGCGACGCGCACAGAGUGCUAACAACUCGCCCUUGCUUGAAACCAUCACGCCUCUUUUGUACCGCAGUGGCUCUUUGAUUUUCAACCGCAGUCACAUCCCGGCCAUCAUGAGUCUUUCUCGGAGCGACGAGAACGGGCUGGCCAACGCCGCCCAGGAGAUGCUCAAGCAGAUAUCCUCACAAAACCCAGAGGUUCUGGAGGCCCAGGUUCAAGAGAUGUGCAGAGACCUUGAAGCACAAGCUCCCAAGGCUUCUUCGCCUGGCUCAGCUAGCUCCGAAGAGAUUCUCAAGGCAUGUGCCGGAUUUGCUAAGAAGCUCCCAGCCAAGUUACCAAAGGAGCGCAAGUUUUACCAAGCCUUAUCUAGCUAUGCUUUGUACAGUACUUCGCCACGCUCUGCUAAACACGCCGUGUCGAUUUUGAUGGCUACAGUUGAACGAAAGGAAAUGUACGCCAAAGACCUCGUACAAAAAUGUGUGAAGAAGUGGAAGUACGGUUCUGAUCACUUCCUGGCCCGCCUGGCAACUCUGUCCCAGCUGAAUUUACUUGCUCCGCGGGAAGCUGAUGAGGAAAGCGAUAUGAUUAUUUCAAUUGCAAUUAACCAGAUUCUGCUGACCAACCGAAACCCUGAAAAAGAUCCGCAGUAUACAUGGUCCGAAGAAACCGACGAAGAGACACAGGCGAAGGAGUGGGCGCUCAAGAUUAUCGUCAAUCGUCUACGUGCGAAGGGCGGUUCGGAUGACGAUGAAGAUUUCCGUGCGCAUGCUGGGCCAGUCUACGACACGUUGAACAAACUUGUGGCCGGAGAGGGUGAACUCUCGAAGGACAAAGACACCCCUGCAAACCAGAAGUCUCGAUUGCGUCUUCUUGCUGCCAAGUCAAUUAUCAAGCUCUGUGCUUCUAGUCUUUUGUGUGACCAUUUGCUGGGUCCCACGGAAUUCAACGCAAUUGCUCUGAUGGCCCAAGACCCACUUCUACCAGUACGAAGCAAUUUCAUCAACUAUCUUAAGAAAAAGCUGGUCCAAAAGUCACAUCUCGGGUACCGGUGGUACAUUGUCCCUUGUCUACUUGCAUUCGAGCCGAGCUUGAGCUUGAAAGAGAGCACGCUUACCUGGCUGCGGUCUCGUGCGGCGCAUUUCGCUCAUUUAGCCCAAGCUAUCGGUAAACGAAAUGAGCAGACCAUGGUGAUGGAAUUGAUCUUUUCGCGUCUUUUGUCGUUGCUCGCCUACCAUCCGGACUAUCCAUCUGAAGACCUGGACGAAUCGACGAAGCUCGGAGAUCUCAGCGAUUUCUCCCGAUACAUUGUCUUCUACUUGUCCGCUGUUGCUAAUGAGCACAACAUGUCCCUGAUUUUCCAUGUAGCUCAGCGUGUGAAGCAAUUCCGCGAUGGCAUCACAAAGUCAGACGAGAUGUCUACUCGUCUUCACACUCUGUCUGAUUUGGCUCAAUCGACCAUCAGAAAGUUUGCGGACUUUUACUCACAACAACAUAAGUUUGGUGGCGCAAGUGGAAGCACAAAUAUCCUACAAACUUAUCCAGGUAAGAUGGGUGUGCCUAGCUCCUUGUUUGCCAACAUGGGUAGUCACCAAGAAGCCCAAGAAGUUGCCGAUAAGAACUUCCUUCCAGAUGAGUUGGAUGACCUGCUUGACCGUGUUGUACGAACGGCAAUGAAGCCAAAGAGCGGCUCUCAAAGUGGACAAGGCUCCAUCAAGAAGAGGAAGCCCGAAUCAUUGGAUGCUGCUGGCAACAACACAGCCAAGAAAGCACGUAAGGAGAAGACUGCACGGCCACCUCGCAAGUCUUCUUCAUCUGCAAGCGUGGUCAACAAGACUCCCCAACGCAAGCGCAAAGGCGACGAUGAGUGGUCUUCUGAGGUCGGCUCGGAAAGCAUUACUGCUUCUGCUCGCCGUCGUAGCAGUCGAGGAACCGCUAAGCCUCAGAUCAGCUAUGCUGAUAACGACAGCGACGAAGAUGAUCAAGAGAUGCAAGAGUCUCAUGAUGUGGCACAAGACGAAGAUGACGAUGAAGAAAUGGACGAGGAUGAAGAGCAAGAAGCGGACGAAGAAGAGGUGCAGGAUGUAGUGGAAGUGGAAGAUGAAGAACAAGAAGAGGUGGAUGAGCCCGCACAAGCUAGUGAGAAGGAAAAUUCUCCUCCCACUCCCCCGAAGCGUGGACGCAAGGUGUCGAUAGCGUCCACAGCGAAGAGUCCCCGAGUGUCUACGGCAAAGAGUCCCCGAGUGUCUACGGCAAAGAGUCCCCGAGUGUCUACGGCAAAGAGUCCCCGAGUUUCUACAGCGAAGAGUCCCCAAGUUUCUACAGCGAAGAGUCCCCGCGCAGAGAAAGAGAAGCCGACCACCGCCACUUUGCCAACACGACGAUCGUCCCGUCGGGGAUGA